AUGCCGCCCCUUGCUGUCACCCACCAGCGGUGGUUGGCAGAGCUCAGCGGCUCUCUCCAGGAUCUACGGCCGCUGCAGCGGCAGCAGCAGCAGCAGCAGCAGCAGCAGCAGCAGCAGCAGCAGCAGCAGCAGCAGCAGCAGGGGCAGCCGCUGCCGCAGCAGCAGGCUCAGCAGCCAUGGAAGCACCCGCAGCUUGGCCAAGCGCAGUUUGACGUGCGCUUUGCGCGUGGAGCGCGCCUCGUCGCCGACGUGAGGGCAGCGGUCAAGGAACUUGCAGCCAGCGCCAACCGCGCCCGCACAUUCAGGGAGCACUGCAGCGGCACGCUCGGCGCUGCGCUUGCUGCCAGCCUGGCACUGCAGGAGGCACUUUCAUCGCGUGCGGUCGCCGAGGCGCACCCCUCGCUGCUGCUGCACGCGGGCGGCGAGGUGCAGGUAGCUGUGAGCCAUGCGCAAGGGCUGGUUUCAAAGUAUGGGCGCCAGGCGGCGCUGGGCGCGCUGCUACGGCGAUCCAGCAAGGUGGAGGUGGAGUCGAAGUUUGCAGAGGUUACUGCGCAGCUCAACGCGCUGGAGGAUGCUCUUUGGCAGAAGAUUGACCCGGAGAACCGCCUCCGCCGGGAGCUGCGUCCUGGGCCCCCACCGCCGGGCGCGUCUCGCAGCAUCACGCCGACCAAGCUGCCGGCUGUGCUAGCGGCGUCGUCCGGGGCGGCACCCAACACGGGCUGGGGCCACGGCGGCGGCGCCAUCGCAGAGGGGCCGCCAGGCGGUGCGUUGCAGCUGCUUAAUGCCAGCUCGCUGCACGCCCCGGCCGCGGCGCGCGGCUCGCACCGGCUCGCGCGACGGACACUGCGCAAAGCCAGCCAGCACAAGGUGGUCGGCGGCCUGCUGUGGUUCCCAGAUCCGGACGGCGAUGGCCCUGACGGCUGCCUGGCAUGGGCGGCGCACAGCAGCAUCAAGGUGGUCAACCUCAGCAGCAACGUGACGACCGUGAUCACGGGCGCGGCUGGCGGCCUCACAGCUUUCUGCUACAGCGUGUCUGGACUGAUUUGGGGCGGCCACGAGGACGGCACGGUGCGCGCGUGGUGCCUGGACUCUGCAGACGCCGCAGCGCCGGCGCUGCGCGUGGCGGACUGUGGUGUCAGCGCGAUUGUUGUGGACGAGGACACGGGGUACGCGUGGGCGGGGACGCAGGAGGGAGAGAUUGUGAUUGUCAGGUACAAACCUGGCAGCGACGGCGACGACGGGCGCCUGGAUGUCGUGCGCACCCUUCUAGGCUUUGACGCCCACUCGCCGCGCGUCAGCAGCAACCGAGGUUUGCAGGAGGUGGCGGCCCCGUCGCAUUCCACCAACCUGUUUGGCGUCGGGACCACUGGUAGUGGCGGGUCGUCGUAUCAGGCGGCGCUGCUUGGCAGCAGCCCGGGGCGGGGCGCCGGCGGCGGUGGCGGCAGUGACGGCGGCGGCGCGUCCCGCAGCUACAAGCGCAGCAAUGCCCCAGGUGGCAGCCUGCUGAGCGGCCUGCACCUCCUGGAGUCGUGCUUCACCGGCGCCCCCAGCGGCAGCCGCCGCCUGCGCGACACCGCGGUGCACUCCGGCCCCGUCUCUGCAAUCGUCGUCCGCGGCGGGCGCGCGUACAGCGCCGGGGGCCGAAGCAAGGCGUCGGCGUCGCUGCUGGUGUGGGACGCGCCCAGCUGCCAGCUGCUGCGGACCGUGACGCGGCGCAGCACGCAGUGGCUCAAGUCCCCGGUGACGGCGCUGUGCCCCGUCGCAUGGGGGCGCGUGGGCCGCGGGGUCGUUGGCGGGGUGGAUGCUCACAUCGUCUCAGGCCACGCCAACGGCCAGGUCAUAAUGUGGGACCCUUCUGGCGACAGCCUGCGUCCGGUCCUCGUGCUGGGCCAGAACCGCGGCCCGGUGCGGGCGCUGGCCGUGCUGGAGGAGAUGGGCCUGCUCGCGGCGGCACACGCCAGCGGCAAGGUGUACCUGCGGAAGCUGGACCCCAAGACACGCAGCGCGCCGCGUGGUGACGCCCACGUGGGUCUCUGGAAGCCAAAGACCCUCACCCUCCCCGCCCACCGCCUCGGCCUGGUCGCCAUGGCGGCCGGCGGGCACCUGCUCGCGACGGCGGGCGCGAGCGGCAGCGUCAAGCUCACGCCCGAGGGCGCGCUGCGCGUCGCCGCGGCCGACGCCGGCGUGCAGCUGCCGCACAGCGCCAGCGUCGUCGCCGAGGCCCUGACUGCGCUGCUGCUCGGCGGGUCGGAGGUGCAGCAGCACGCGGCCGCCGCUGCCGCCGCCGCGGUGCUCACGACCGCGGGCUCGGGUGCGUCGUCGGCGUCUGCGGUGGGCGGGCUGCUCUCGCGGUACGGCAGCUCGGCGCAGGCAGCAUCCGCCUCCUCGGCGGGCCAGCAGCAGCUGCAGCAGGCCCUGCUGGCAAUCGACGAGCAGCACGCGCGCCACCACGGCAUGCCUCAGGGCGGCAGCGGGCACGCACUGGUGGGGCCCCUGCAGCCGACCCCGCGGCAGGGCAGCGGCGCCGCGCUCGAGGUGGGGACGCCCCCUGCGCGGACGCCGUCGCCGCUGGGGGCUUCAUCAUACCAGCAGCUUCAGCAGCUCGCGACUCAGCCGCCGCUGACGUCAGCACCCUCGCGCCUCGGUGGCGCCGCCUCUGCAAACGGCGGCGCCAGCGCAAACCCCACGCCCGGCGCCACCAGUGCCGACGCCACGCCCGCCGGCGGCAGCGCAGCCGCCAGCAGCGACGCCGGCGGCGGCUCGGCCGCGCCCUCUCGUGAGCGCUCGUUCGCACGGCAGCCGAGCGGGAGCUGGCCGCAGCAGCAGCAGCUGGCGGUGGACAGCCCCUGGCUGCUGCGCUACGAGGACCUGCGGCUGGGCCGUAUGCUGGGGGAGGGCAGCUAUGGGCGCGUGAGGAUCGGGUGGUGGCGGGAGACAGAGGUGGCUGUCAAGAUCCUCAACACCCCCGGCGCCGGCGGGCCCGGCGCGACGCACGACAGCGGCUUCCCGCCCGCCGAGGACGCCGGCGGCGACGAGGCCAGCUGGGACGAGCGGCGGCUGCGGGCGCUGAGCAAGGAGGUUGACAUCCUGGCCAACCUGCGGCACCCCAACGUGGUGAUGUUCCUGGGGGUGUGCCUGCGGCCGCCCUGCGUCGUCACAGAGUUCUGCGCCCUGGGGUCUCUGUACGACGUGCUGAAGCGCGCGCGGCGGGACACCGGGUUUGCCGCGCGCCUGACCUGGACGCGGCGCCUGCUGAUGGCGCUGGAUGCAGCCAAGGGCAUGCUGUACCUGCACUCGCAUGAGCCGGUUGCCAUCCUGCACCGCGACCUCAAGAGCCCCAACCUGCUGGUGGCCAAGGACUGGACAGUGCAGGUGGGGGACUUCAACCUGAGCCGCUACAUGAGCCGCGACCGCAGCUUCAUCAAGAGCAACCUGGAGAACAACCCGCGCUGGUCAGCGCCAGAGGUCAUCGAGGCGGAUGUCUUUUCGUUCGGCGUGGUGCUGUGGGAGCUGCUCACGUGGGAGGAGCCCUGGGAGCGCGAGGGCCUGAACUCCUAUCAGAUCAUGACGGCCCUCCCCCUGGGCCAGCGCCCCCUGGUGCCGCCCACGCCCGAGCUUCCGGGCCAGCUGGGGCCGGCUGCGGCGGUUUCGGAUUACUGCCGGCUCUUGGAGGAGUGCUGGGACAGAGUGGCAGUCGCGCCAACCACCAAGCUGGUCAGCCCCUUCGCGGCGGUGUGA